AGGAUAGAAUCCUACAUUAUAAGGAAGAUAGGCCAAUCAUUUGGUAUAGUUGUUUCUUCUCAUUAUUGUUAUAGUAAGAAUUUUAGUUGAGAAGAUGAGUAUGUCAUUUUCCUUGGCACCAAAACCUUAUUCUUCCUCCAUCACUUGUUGUAGGAGAUUUGGUGGUAUAAGGUCAGAAGUUGUGGCAGUUAUGGUGGCUCCAAAACAAAGAAGAAGAGAAUUAUUAGCAGAAAGUAGUGGUACGGUAAUAAUGUUUCCUCGUCAUUUGUCAAAACAGGGUGUUCCUCUUGCUGAUUUGCAUGUGCAGGAGGUUGUUGAGUGGCAGUGUCAAAAUGGUAAUUUUGCCACAACUACUAAGCCGCGGUUUGAGCCUUGUUUUCUCAAGGAUGGAUAUGAAAUGUGUAGGAAGAUUUGUAAGGAAUAUGCUAAGACCUUCUAUCUAGGAACUUUGCUUAUGACACAAGAAAGACAAAAAGCUAUAUGGGCAAUUUAUGUUUGGUGCAGGAGGACGGAUGAAUUGGUUGAUGGUCCGAAUGCAGAUUACAUGAAGAGCUGUGGUGUUCUUGAUAGGUGGGAAGAGAGAUUGCAUGAUAUUUUCAAUGGAAGACCCUAUGAUUUGCUUGAUGCUGCUCUCACUGAUACAAUCUCCAACUUUCCCUUGGAUAUUAAGCCUUUCAGGGACAUGAUAGAAGGUAUGAGAAUGGAUACAAAGAAAACAAGAUACAAAAACUUCCAAGAAUUAUAUCUGUACUGCUACUAUGUGGCUGGAACUGUUGGAUUAAUGAGUGUUCCAAUAAUGGGUAUUGCACCCGAAUCUAUCAUCCCUCCUCAAAGUGUAUAUGAUUCAGCACUCUCUCUUGGGAUUGGAAAUCAAUUAACAAACAUUCUUAGGGAUGUGGGUGAAGAUGCAAUAAGAGGUAGAGUGUACCUUCCACAAGAUGAAUUGGCGCAGUUUGGAUUGUGUGAAGAAGAUAUAUUCAGAAGAAAGGUAAGUGAAAGUUGGAGAGAGUUCAUGAAAGAGCAGAUUAUGAGAGCAAGAUUUUACUUCAAUUUGUCCGAACAAGGAGCUUCUCAGCUUCAUAAGGCAAGCCGUUGGCCGGUUUGGUCGUCAUUAAUAUUAUACCGUAAGAUCUUGGAUGCAAUUGAAGACAACGAUUACGACAAUCUGACGAAACGAGCUUACGUUGGACGAACCAAGAAGAUUCUGAUGUUGCCUCUUGCUUACAAACGAUCUCUCUCAAGUCCCAACACCAAUUUGAUCCCUCGUUACCAAGGCUAAUAUUGCAAUUCUAUUAGUUAUGAAAAAAAAAAAAAAUUGAUACUGCAAUAGCAACACCAAAUUUGUACAAAAAAAAGAGAAGGAAAAAAAACAAGAGGACCAAGCUAGCUAAUUGCAUUGGCUUCCUUGUACAGAUCGUAGGUCUUG